AUGGGAGACAUCGCCGUGGAGAACCCGGUGAACAGCCUUACUCCUAUUCCCAAGCCCGGUGCGCUCGAUGCACUCGCCAACUUGGAUUCACUGGAAGGAAAUGGAGCUGAUGGAAAUGAUGAAUAUGCUACAUUGAAGCGGCUACAGAGACACCUAGAGUACAUCCAACUCCAGGAGGAAUACAUCAAGGAUGAGCAGAGGAGCUUGAAGAGAGAGUUGGUUCGAGCACAAGAGGAAAUCAAGCGGAUACAGAGUGUGCCGCUAGUGAUUGGGCAGUUCAUGGAGGCCAUCGAUCAAAACACCGGUAUUGUUCAGAGCUCAACUGGCUCCAACUACGUCGUCCGCAUCCUUUCGACACUCGACCGCGAGAAGCUGAAGCCUUCCUCCUCAGUCGCCCUACAUCGCCACUCGAACGCUCUGGUGGAUAUACUUCCUCCCGAAGCUGACUCGUCGAUUGCUAUGCUGGGAGAGAAUGAGAAGCCUGAUGUGACAUACGCAGACGUGGGUGGUUUGGACAUGCAGAAGCAGGAAAUCCGAGAGGCUGUUGAAUUGCCCUUGACGCAUUUCGAUCUUUACCAACAAAUCGGUAUCGACCCCCCUCGCGGUGUCCUGCUUUACGGUCCUCCUGGUACUGGUAAAACCAUGCUGGUCAAAGCCGUGGCAAACAGCACAACAGCCAGCUUCAUCCGAGUGAAUGGCUCGGAGUUCGUACAAAAGUACCUUGGCGAAGGACCUCGUAUGGUCCGCGACGUCUUCCGAAUGGCUCGCGAAAAUUCUCCCGCAAUCAUCUUUAUUGACGAAAUUGACGCCAUCGCCACUAAGCGUUUCGAUGCCCAGACCGGUGCUGACCGCGAAGUCCAACGUAUUCUGCUGGAGUUGCUGAACCAAAUGGAUGGUUUCGAGCAAACCAGCAACGUCAAGGUUAUCAUGGCUACUAACCGGGCUGAUACCUUGGAUCCUGCCCUGCUGCGUCCCGGUCGUCUUGACCGCAAGAUCGAGUUUCCCUCCCUCCGCGAUCGUCGUGAACGCCGACUGAUCUUCACCACUAUUGCCUCCAGGAUGUCCCUCUCCCCUGAGGUUGACCUGGACUCCCUUAUCGUGCGAAAUGAGCCUCUAUCUGGUGCCGUGAUCGCUGCUGUCAUGCAGGAGGCUGGUCUUCGAGCUGUUCGUAAGAACCGUUACAAUAUCAUUCAAUCUGACCUGGAGGAUGCAUAUGCCGCGCAGGUGAAGAGUGGCUCCGAGGAUGACCGCCCCGAAUUCUACCGGUAA